AUGGCGGGUGUAGUCUUAGGAUUUGUGAAGAAAUACGGUUUUGAGAGCUUGUUAGUGGGAGUGCCGGUUUUUGGUUACGUACAGUUGAUGAGAUUGGAGAAGAAAGUCAAGGAGAAGGAGGAGAUCAUGAGGAUCAUGUUUGAGGAUCUCAAGGCGCAAGGACGGGUCAUAGUCAUAGAUGAUGAAAUGAUGAGAUCUGUUGCGUCUCAGGUCAAUAACUGA